UAAAAGGUCCGAUGGUCCGGACGUGGGCUGUAGUUUGCCCUCCCCUGCUCAAGCACUAGGUUGUUCUCACUCCCCUUCUGCCUCCCCAACCUCAAAUUAUUUCAUAAUUAUGUCUUGCUGCAAUUCUCUUCAGAGACGUACAUACUCGGUCGCAGACGUGCAGGCUUCAGAAAUAGACCAUUCCAUCACAAAGCAGAUAGAAAGCCUGGAAACAGAGAUGGAGCUCAGGAGUGCCCAGAUAGCAGAUCUGCAGCAGAAGCUAUUGGAUGCCGACAAUGGAGACCGGGUGAAGCAACGCUGGGAAACUAUUGCAACUAUUCUAGAGGCAAAGUGUGCCCUGAAAUACCUAAUUGGAGAGCUGGUUUCCUCCAAAGUGGAGGAAAGCAAACGUCACAGCAGCCUGGAACAGAGCAAAGCUAAUUGUGCAGAUAUGCAGAAAAUGUUGCUUGAAGAGCGAAACCAGGUGGCAGAUAUAGAGGCUGAGCUCCAAAGUCAGUUGGUGAUGCAGGAGCAGCAACAUCAGGAAAAGGUUCUGUACCUGCUUAGCCAACUGCAGCAGAAAGAAGCAGCAGAGAAGAAGCUGGAGGACUCUCUAACUGAGCACGAGCAACAGCUACUUGAGCGGCUCAAGUUCCAGGAUGAAGAGCUUGAGAAAAUGAGGGAACUUUGUGAGAAGAACCAAGAGCUUCUCCAGGAGAAUGAGUCCCUCAAACAGAAACUAAUACUCCACCAAAUUGCCAGCGGACAGAAGCUCCGACACAUUCAGCAAAUGCCGACUCAGUCCCCAGAUUCUCCCUUUGAUUAUAUUCCACCCAAGCCAAAGAUUCGCCGUCAGACAACUGCAAAACCCCGUGCACAGACACCAGAAAUGGAUGUGCAAGAGCUGUUCUCUGAAUCCGAGGAGUCUGGAGGGGAGAUGGAAGAUGCAGAGUGGAUGCCGAUAAAAGCAGCCAAAGGAUCCAAGAAAAGCCUAUCAGGGUGUUCCUGCCGGGGCCGAUGUGGAAACAGGCAGUGUGGCUGCAGGAAGCAGAAGCUAGGCUGUACCGCAGGCUGUAACUGUGAUGCAACAAAAUGUAGAAACCGUGAUUCUGGCCUGCUGGAUGGUCCUAUGAGUGAGAACCAAACAAGAGAUUCUGAAGGAUCCUUCAAACUGGAAGAUCCCACUGAAGUGACUGCUGGGGAGACCUUCUUUGAACCAAUAUGUAUCACUCCAACCAAGAAGGUCCUGAAAGAGAUCGCUGAGCAAGAUGUGUUUGUCAAGAAGGCCAACACAGCUGCACUCUUAAUCAAUGGAGAUGUAGAGUCCCAGGAGAACCAAUUGCCACUAGUGAAGAAAAAAAAGCGAAUGUUGAGUAGUAACACCAGCUUCUUCUCUGGCUGUACCCCCAUCAAAGAGGAGGACAACUGAGGGCAAAGGAGACUACCCAUGACUUUUAAUGUUACCAUGUUGCACACCCUUUCCCACCUCAGACACUAACUCUUACAUGAUUAACAGGAUCUAUUGCUACAAAAUAAAGCUUCAGAAGAAACAAGUGUCAGCUGCUGGCCGUGAUAUGGGUGUCAUGGGACAGCAGCUCUCCGUUGGUUGUUUCUCUAGAUCUGCCUGAGCAGAUGUUUGCUGUACCAGAACAAUGGAAGGAAGAGCUACUUUCUCUUUGGAAUAUUUAGUGAGCAGAGUAGACUCCUCUCC